GCCGCUCCCGUUCACGUGAAGCAUCCUGGAAUAAGGACCCACCUCGCUGACCCGCAGGUGGGGUCAGCGGCGAGUUAGCGUAAUCCACCCUCCAUCCUACCACCGGGCAUCGGCCGGUCUGGUCUAGCAACACUACCUACUGUGCAGUAGCAACACGCAAAUGCCACCCUCCAGCUAGAUUCGUCUUGCACAUCACACCUCGCCAAUCUGUCCACCCCGCGUGAUGGCUUGGUAGCGGCCGUCGAGAUGUCGGUUAUUCUCUGCACAGCUGGUUACGACCACACCAUCCGAUUCUGGGAGGCGCUCUCGGGCAUCUGCUCCCGCACCAUCCAGCAUCCCGAUUCUCAGGUCAACCGACUAUGCAUCUCUCCCGAUAAGCGCUUCCUUGCCGCCGCCGGCCACCAUACCGUCAAGCUUUUCGACAUACGCUCCACAAAUCCUGCGGCCCUGCUCGAACUUGAGGGCCACACCGGCAAUGUCACCGGCGUGGCAUUCCACUGCGAGGGCAAGUGGAUGGUGACCAGCUCCGAGGACGGGACAGUGAAGAUCUGGGAGACCCGCACCGGCACCAUCCAGCGGAGCUACAAUCAUGGCUCCCCCGUCAACGAUGUCGUUAUUCAUCCGAACCAGGGCGAGAUCUUCAGCUGCGAUAGGGGUGGCAGCAUCCGGCUCUGGGAUUUGGCUGAGAACAAAUGCGUCGAGGAACUCAUUCCCGAGGAGGAUGUCUCCGUGUCUAGCGUGACUGUCGCAACCGACGGCACUCUCCUGUGUGCGGCCAACAAUGCGGGCAAUGUCUUUGUCUGGCAGCUCAUCCAAGCUCUCGAGCGCACUCAGCUUGUCCCCCUGACCCAGUUCUCGGCGCACAAAGAGUACAUCACCCGAAUCUUGCUCUCCCCCGACGUGAAGAAGCUGGCGACCUGCAGCGCCGACCACACCGCCAAGAUCUGGCAAGUCAAGGAGAUGGAGCCCGCCGGCCCGAACGCCGAGUCCCAGCCGUUCCCGCUCGAAGCCACCCUGACCGGCCACCAGCGAUGGGUGUGGGACUGCGCCUUCAGCGCCGACAGCGCCUACCUCGUCACCGCCUGCAGCGACCAUUACGCGCGCCUGUGGGAGCUGCAAACCCAGCAGAUCAUCCGCCAAUACAACGGCCACCACCGCGGUGCCGUUUGCGUCGCGCUCAACGACUACUCCGAGACCCGCUAGGAGCCGAUCGAGGAGGAUGUCUUGCGCGAAAUCGCACACGUCGAGAGACGAGCCCACUACCACCGACCGCCCAUGCCUCGCUGGCUCCAGCGUCGGCUUCACCAAUCCCACCAGCGGCAGCCCAGCCGCCACCAGCGCGGCAGAGCAUCCGUGCCCCAGCAACCGCCUGUUCCCGUGCGCGUGUCCAACAACGCGGGGCCCGUAGACCCCCAGCAAGAGAACGAGCAGACAUUCCCGGCUGGCAUGCGGACCGCGCCUCGGCUACUACCGCCGUCCGGCCCGGUGU